AUGGCUUCAUCUUCUUCCUCUGCUCCAUCUUCUCAAUCUCCCAAGAAAUAUGUUUUUAUUAGUUUUAGAGGUGAGGACACCCGCUUGAAUUUCACAAGCCAUCUUUAUCAUGCUCUUUGUGGACAAAAAAUAUAUGCAUACAUCGAUGACAGCCUCGAGAAAGGAGAUGAGGUAUGGCCAUCUCUUGAGAAAGCCAUUGAAGAUUCAACUCUGUUCCUUGUGGUGUUCUCAGAAAACUAUGCAUCUUCCACGUGGUGCUUGAAGGAGCUUGCAAAAAUAUUAGAGUGCUGCAGAAAUCAGCGUCACCUUCUUAUACCUGUGUUCUAUAGAGUAGAUCCUUCAGAUGUGAGGAAGCAACGUGGGAGUUACCACGAAGCAUUUGAAGGACAUGAGCGCAAAAGCAGCAUCAACACGCAACAACUGCGCCAGUGGAGGGAGGCUCUCACUCAUGCUGCCAAUUUAUCCGGUUGGCAUUGUAGCCCCGAUAGGCUUCGUCGGACAAAGGUUUUCAUUGUGCUUGAUGAUGUUGAUAAUGCUGAACAAUUAGAAAAUUUAGUUGGAAGAUGUGAAUUUGGAUCAGGCUGCAGUGAUCCGAAGAUAAGAGAGCUAGCAGAAGAAGUGACUAAAUAUGCAGGUGGCUCCACCUUGGCUCUAAAGGGACGUAUUGAAGGCAUGGUUAUGAACCUUUCAGAAGUUGAAGAGACGAGCCUUAGGAACAAGUUAAAUUCUUCUUGUAUGAAGUUUCUGUCAAGAAAUCUCAUGGAUUGGAUUGGGCCAGAGUCCUUACCAGCGACAUUUGAGGCUGAAAGUCUUGUUCGAUUGGAAAUGCUUGGCAGCAGAUUGACAAGACUUUGGGAUGGAGUGUAG